UAAAACGGUAUAUAACGUUAUUGAUGAGCCUUAAUCAUCCUUAUCAGCCCCUCAAAAUUUAUGUAUGUAUUCAAGUUGUACAUAUAUAUGUACAUGUCAACGGUGCAAACAUACUAGGUACUAGGUACCUUCGCGGUUCAAAUUCAAUUGUUGCCUGAGCUUGCCAUCGAUGGAUUUAAUUAUCAUCCGCUCCACGGCACGAGACAUCAUUGCUCUUUCUUAUAACUUAUAGCUUUUGACCCGCGAUAUACAUAUAACUUGACUUAUGCAACCGACCUGGGCAGUAAAUCGUAUAUCCCAUAUUCUAAUCUCGCAUUCUCCAGCGAUUAUCAUUCAAGUUUAUUCUUGAUUGUUACCCUUCCUUUUCUUACUCGACCACCAACAACGCCGAACUCCGAAUCUAGUUACUCACCCGCCUGACUUGAUAUAACCUCACAGCGAGCCAUCCUCCCAAACACAAACGCUGUAUUUGCGUUAUAGCUGCCAAUAUGUUAAAGCUUUGGUCUAUGAAAUCAGCCCAACAAAAGGCGGAAAAUGCUGAUGGUGCAGCCGGCAAGAAAAAGAAGGUUACCUCAGCCCAACUGCGGGUACAAAAAGAUCUCUCCGAACUCUCCCUAGGCACAACCAUGAAGACGAUAUUUCCCGACCCCGACGACAUCCUCCACUUCAUACUCGAGAUCACGCCAGACGAGGGAAUCUACUUGGGGGGCAAGUUCACAUUUACGUUCACCAUGGGCCCCAACUAUCCACACGAGCCUCCGAAGGUCCUCUGCCAGGAGAAGAUUUACCACCCUAACAUCGACCUUGAAGGCAAGGUUUGCCUGAACAUCUUACGAGAGGACUGGAAACCGGUCCUGAACUUGAAUGCCGUUAUUGUCGGCUUACAGUUCUUGUUCCUCGAGCCCAACGCCUCGGACCCGUUGAACAAAGAAGCAGCAGAUGAUUUGCGCCUAAGUCGCGAUACCUUUCGUCGGAACGUACGCUCUUCUAUGGGUGGAGGUACAAUACGCGGGGUUACUUAUGACGUGGUCGCAGUCAAUCGAAUCUAGCAGAACCCAGACUAUAUGGCUUGACAACAAACUAUGUUGUCACUGCAACAAUCGUAUCUACAUCUACUUCGACCGUAUGGGCCUGGGUACAAACAACCUGGCAAUAGUAAAAGCUUCGUGCAGGGUAACCGGGACCGGUGGAAGGGAAUAUCGUGGCACUCAGGCUAGUGCUGCCCUGAGUGCAUUACAGCGCGCACCCGAGAGGAUAGAGAGGAGGUUUUCUUAGAUGAAGACUUCGAGGAAGACUGCUACCCUUA